UAGACAACCAAUCGUCUGUCGCGCCUGAGUGCGCGAGGCAAACACGAAAUCUACACUACACCGGAGCAGCUGCUGUGCGGCGGAGGCGGAGCUGAUUUCUCAACCGAACGCCCCCCAAAGGCUAGUUCGUCACAUUGUAUCCAAUCAGCGGGCGGGUGUUUUGUGUAUGAUGCAGGGUAAACCAAUCAUAUUUGAUCAGAGGCGGGACUUAACGGUGUGCUACGAGACUCAGAAGGACGCCGUUGACCAGCCAACGAUAAAUAUUGACAGUACAUAGGGACAUACAAACAAAACAAAACAAAAGACAAGGAAAACUUUGUAAUAAAAGCGUUUAAAUGGAUGUCUUCGAUAAAUGAAAUUCUGACACUAGAAUAGUUUCUUUAAUAAGUUGAUUAAAGGAUGCUAACAGCGUGACUUCAGUUUAAAUGAAGAUGGACAGAGACACUGGUUCGGUUCUGAAGAUGAAACGCAGGUGUCUUGUCUCUAAAUCGGUGAAAACUCUGCUGAAUGAGGUCCAGUGUGUCUACGGAGAGAAGCUCAGACGCCUGGAGGGUGAAGUUAAAGGCUCUCAGGAGGAGAUUCUGCGGAUGAAGGUCCAGAUCCUGCACUCUUAUGUAAAUGACCUGAGUGACCAGAAUGGGAUCUUGGUCCACGCCGUGGAAGAGCUGGAAAAAGAAGCCAACGAGAAGGUCUCCCACUUGAAAGAGAAGCUACAGGCUUCAGAUGAAGACAUUAAGGAUUUGGACUGUCGGAAGCGGUGUCUAGAGGAAGACAACAAGCUCCUAAGAGCUGAGAUUCAGAAGCUGAAGGCUGACUCUCGAACCCGUACACGAGUCAUCCACGAGGCUCAGCGUGCACACAAACCGGAUGUCACAGGGCUGACAUUAAGGCCACGGAUACUGGAGAGCGUCACAGAGCAGUCAGCUCACAGCAGUCAGCUGUGGCAGAAGCCAGGUGACCUUAUGAAGGCUCAGGUGGAGGAUCUGCAGAAUCAGCUGAAGACCAAAACCAGGAUUAUUCAACGUCUGGAAGAGGAAAUGAAGACGCUUUUGUCCCACAGAGUCCCAGAGAAGAAUGAGGGCAAGAAGGUUGCAGAAGCUCUGGAGGAGGUGUGUAAAGUGGAGGUGUGUAAGCCGAGCGUGGUGCAAAAGCGAACACACACCGAGAUACACCAGACAGAUAGCAGACCAUCUGCAGCUCAGAAGCGUCUGCGUGAGACCAAGAAGCAGCUAUCAGAGCUGAAAAAAGAGUGUGAACAGAAACAGAAAGAAGUGGAGAAGCUGCGAGAAGAAACCGCAAAGCAUGAAGCGCUGAUGAAGGAGCAGGCCGAGGAGCUUCAGAGAGCUACCUCAGAGAAGAGAAACCUGGAGCUGGAGCUGACCGUAGUCACUGAAAAACACAGAACAGCUCAACACGAGGCGUCCAGCCGAGAUCAGGUGAUUCUGCAGCUGAGGGCGGAGCUUCGAGUCUCGCUGGAGAAAAACCAUGGAGUGCAGGAGGAGCUGGGGCUGCAGGAGGCUGAGGUCAGCAGGCUUAAUGAGAAGGUGAGGAAGCAGCAGGUCCACUUACAGGAACUGAGAGAGAUGUGUCGCCACGGAAACGCCCGGAUGGACAGCGAACAGCACAAAGCACAACAGCUCCAGAGUCAGCUACAGCUCACUCAGCAACAGCUGAAGCGGCAGGCCGAGAACGUGGAGCGUCUGCAGGGAGAACUGACCGCCUCACAGCUGGACCACGCCGCCGACGCAGAACGCUGGACUCAGAGGAACCUUCUCCUGCACAAAGAGGUCCAGCAGCUCCAGGAGCAGAACCUCCAGCACACACAGAUCCUCAGAGAACACGGAGAGAAGCUCGCAGAGGCCGAGCACACGCAGCACCUCGCCCAGGAGAAGGUGAUGGAGUAUGAGGAGAUCCUGAAGAAGAGAGACGCUGAGAUUAAACUUCUGAGCCAGCGUCUGGAGGAGGUCGAGGACGAAGUGCAGAAGAGCAGGAACUCGUCCCAGAGUCACCGUUCUGCUCUGGAGAUCUUCAAACAGAAAUACACCACGGCCAUGGAGAAGGUCCAGCAGCUGCAGGUCCAGGUCCAAAGGGUGGAGGAAGAGGCGGAGCUUUCUCAUAAACAGAUGUUAGAGGCCCGAGCUGAAGUUUGCAGUUUAACAGCUGAAAUGUCCAGUCUGGAGUCUCGCUACGAGCACAAAGCAAAGCAAGCGGCUCUCACGGAGGAGGCCAUGGAGCUGCUCACGGACGAGCUUCAGGAGGCGCUGGACGGCUUGAAGAGCCGCGAGGAGAGGAACCUGCACCGCGAGGAGGAGAUGGAGGAUCAGCAGAAACGGGUGGAGAAGGAGGUUGCUCUGGUUAGAGCUGAGCUGCAGAACACAUCCCUGACUCUCCAAACCAGAAAUGAAGAACUGCAGAAGGUCCACGAGGAGAUGCGGAAAGUGACAGAGGAGAUGAACCAGAAGGAAAAGGAGAACCGGGUCAUGAGAUACGAGCUCCAGCAGCUGGGUCAUCAACUUCAGCAACUUCUCUCUUUCUUCACAGAGUCAGCUGAUGCUGUACUGGAGCAGGAAGACAGUGCACUUUUCCUACCAUCAUUUCUCAGGAAGACAAAACAGCAGCUGAAUGACAAUCCUGAGGAGAAAGAGGACAUCCCUCAACACACACGGCUACAGUGGACUGUAGAGGAGCUUCGAGCCGAGGUCCAGGUUUUUCUCAGAUCUGUGAAGAAAGCUGUAGAGGCAGAGGUGCAGCGGAGACUCGUCUGUGAGGCGGCAGGAGAAAGAGACCAGGCCAGAGAGCAGCUGCAGCAGCUGAAACGCAAUCUGGAGGAAACCCGGGCAGAAAACUUUCACCUCCAUCAGGAGAGAGAACAGCUGGUGACCAACAUCAACCUCUGGAUCACCAAGCACAAGGCCGCUAACGAGAGUCUGGCUGCGCGGAUCAAACGGCAGAACGAGCUUUUGACCAGCAUCAGUCUGGAGAGAGAGAAGGAGUGCAAGAACCGAAUGGACGAUAACCUGAGCGAGAUAGACGACAUCCGGUCCAGACUGUGGUCCAACCUGCAGACAGUCACGUUGCUGAAUCAACAGUUGAGCAGCAUGAGCGAGGAGAACAAGAGAAACAAGAAGCUACUGGAGAACGAGCAGAAAAGGCGCUCACAUCUGGAGCAGCUGCUGGGAUUGAGGAUCAACCAGAGCUCGGUUCCUCUCCUUUCUCUUCCAUCCCUCCAUCCCUCAGACCUGGAGCUUGACCGGAUUGAGACGGUUCCUGAACGGUUCUCGGUGCAGCUCAGAGGAACAUGUGAGAGGAGAUCUAGAUCUGCUUUACAGUAGAGUGAGGAGCUACCGAGAACUUUCACACAGCGAGGUCUAACACGUGGAAGAGACCGCAAAAAGACCAAUAAGGACUUUUCCUGUAUAUCGCUAGCAAACACACACACACACACAUCGCUGGAUUGAUUGUAUGUAGCAUUUAAAAAUAAAAACAAUCCAUUAUAAAACCAAGUCUAGCGUUAAAGUGACUCCUGUACUCCAGAACCUUCUCUCUCUUCCUACAUCAGAUCUUCUGCUCCUGAAGUGCUGCAGUGUCUGAAAUCUGUGGAGGUGUUUCAUCACCGUCUCCUGGUCAGUCCUCAUGUGCACUAAAUACACAGGUAAAUAAUUGAAACCUGGACAGAACUUAUACAACACUGAGAAAUCUUCUUGAACUUUCCGCUGAGCGUUUCAUCACGUGGUCCUCGGUUUAUAACGACACGUUGCACUCAUGAAAACCAGCUGUUACGGGUUUUUUUGUUUGUUUUUACCUGGAAAUCCAGAGCAUUUUUAAUUCAUGAACUAGCGGUCAGUAAGGUGUGUUUUCACCCUGUUUAGGUGUUUGUGUGUGUGAGCGAGUGUGAGAGCAGUGAGGAGCUUCAGGGCCAUGCUCUCGACUGUCCAGUAGUGUUGGUUCUCGUGAAUAAGCGAGGGAUGAGCCGGCUGCUGGUCUGCGUUAUUCUGAUUCUGUUUCACUUCACACACUCAAGGAGCUUCACAUUAUCUUUAACCAGACUGGAGUUAGCAGUGUUCUAGAAGAUCCUGUGAAAAAAUCCUCUCGAGGUUGCCACAAAGUACGACGGGAAAAAUCCUGGAAGUUCUGUUUAGUCGUCGGCUUCAACGCUCCUCAGAUGUGUGGACGGUGUCUUGUAAAGACUUAAAGAUAAAGAAACCUUUCCCCUGGGAGGAAGUGAUGUCAUCAGAACACUUCUUGUCAUUAGAAGAUCUCCUGCUACUUCCACGGCUAAUGGAACUUUGUGUGACGGGAAACGGACACGCACGGGAACAAGGAUCGGACCGGAUCGUGAAAACUCGUCAGUGUUUCUGGUGUCUUCUGAGUGAAAAUGUUUAAACAAACGUGCGCUAAUCAGUGGCAUGUCGUUCGGGACGCGCCAGCAGGAGUAAUCAGAUGCGACAUCUCUCCUCCGUAAUGAGCUUUUCUUCCUCGGGAAAAACAAGUCAUUGUUCCGGAUGCCAUUUGAUCCUGUAGAUGAACUCCAUCUCCACUUAGCGACUCGACUCCUGUGUUCACGUGUGCGUCUCUCCACCGGUGAAGACGUGCAUCUGAAAUGCCAGCGAGGGGCUUGUUCUAAUGCGGCGACUUAAAACAUAGAGAGAAAGAAGAAAAUGUGUGUGUGUGUGUGUGUGUAUGUGUGUGUGUGUGUUGGCUAAACAAGGAGACCUCUAAGGCCACUCUUUGAAACAGCUCUUCUCUGGAGAAAGAGGGUUUGUGUUUCUCAGUGUUAAUGAGAGAAUGUUAGUAGAUGCGCGAGUCAAAGCGUUGUGUUCUCUCUCAUCUGCAAAAUGCGCUGCAACAUGAUUUUUUAUUUUUUUUAACUUUCUACCAUGGAUUAUACAUUUUAAUGAGGGAAGGCAGGGCUUGUUAGCGGUAUUAGUCAUUUGCACUGUGACAGUUAAAAAUACUUCCUUUUUAAUGCGUGCACGCAACGCACAUCUUAGCCUCACAUAACAUCCAUGGCACAGUCAUUAAAAAUAAAACCGCAGGCUUUUAAGACUCCGAGCCUGAGCCAGAAGCACUGCGAGGGGAAAAAAAAACAAAAAAAACACGCUUCCUUGGAAACAAUGAUGAGGAAUCAUCAUUUGUUGUUGUCAAAAAGCUGUCUUUCUUUCUUUCUUUCUGUUUUUUUUUUCCGAGGUUAAGCAGGCUUUUGAUCUGCUUUUAACUCGUUUGAGCUCUGUGUGGGGAUUAAUUUGAGACCCCACUCCUCCAACCCGAGUACAAAUUCUAAUUUUCGUUGCACCAGGUGCUUUUUUUUUUGAUCCAAAAAGAAACUUGCUUCUCGUUUCUCCUCCCUCUUCAGCAUCCUCCCAUAAUUGGAGUUAAUGAACAUGUGGUUUGGGAUGUGUGUGUGUGUGUGUGUGUGGUCUCUCUCUCCGAGCACGAUGGCACCCCGAGUCUUGUUUUUUCGCCGCGCUCCAAAAUGGCGUAGCCGAACCGCAGGCCUUCGGCAGCCACGGCCUGACAAUUACCCGUGUGAUUAUGCCGCAUUAGUUUAUUUUCCGUGUUGAAAAUGAAAAUAACUCCGGGGCUCUUGCUCCAGACGGCCCGGUGCAAAUUGCAUUACACACGUGUGCGCUUUCUCACCUCGGGUGUGCCUGUUUCAAAUGAGAUUAAGACAAGACGUCUGGAUGAUGAUGGUGGCUCUGUGUGUUUUUGUUUUUGCCUACACUGUGUGUUUCCCCCCGCAGUCCGAUCCAUUUCCGUCAGGUAAUUAGGCUGCUUCUGGCUACGGACAGAAAGUGUGUGGAGUUAUCAAGCGCAGUGUGUUUGGGUGUCAGACAUUUCCAUAGCCGGGAAACUUUCACAACAAAACCAGGCGCUAAACCCAGGACGGUGAUGGGCGACUCCUCAAACAAGCUACAUCCGUCUUGUUGCUAGCAUGUAGAUUUAAAUUCUUAUUAAAAAAUACUAAACAUCUAUUCAUGUGACCUUGUUAUGACCUUGAAUCUGUUUGUAUCGUUUCUGAAACAUCAUCUUAUGGUCUCAGUGAUGAAUUCCUACAAACAUUUAAACACUCGUUACUGAGAGAUCGUGACUUUAACGAGAAUCUCAGAAGGACAUAUAAACUGUAAGUCGCUCAGGGAUAAGGGCGUGUACCAAAAUGCCAGAGAUCAGUUCUGCUAGGUCUUUUGUUUAUAUCAUUUUAUAUAACUGAGCCAUUGAGGGUUAAGAGCCUUUGCUCAGGGGCCCUGCAGCUUGAUGGACCUGGGAUUCGAACUGGGGUCCAACACCUUAACCACUGAGCUACGACACCCCCAGACCAGAGCAGCAGACCAGAGACUAUCUACAGCACUGCAGAUCCCAGCUCUGAGAAUACAGAUUUUUUUUUGGUCUGUUUACUGACCACUAAAAGAAAAGUGAUAAAAUGAUAAAUGAUAAAAAGAUGGUUUCUGAUAAAGUAACUAACUAAAGUAAAAAGAACUAGUAAAUUCGUUAAUGGUUAAUCGUUAAAACUUGGCACCUCCUCACUCAGACGUUUCCCAGACCUUAUCUAUAAGCACGGAAUCUUGCUGAUUUAAAUGUUUGAUUUAUUUUAACCCAAUAAAACUGUAAACUUUUCUCUAAUUGCUCUUUAUUAAUAAAUCUUCUGUUUUAUUUUUAGUAUUCUCUGCUUCUUUUAAAAACUUUAAAUUGCAUUUGUGAUACAGAAAUGACAGCAUAAGCCCCGCAGGCAAUGAAAAGCUUGGUGCGUUACGUGAAUACAUAACGUCUCGUGUUUGGAGGGAAAAAAAAGGAAAAGGAAUGUUAAUAAAAAGUUCUUUUUUUAGAGGCAGGUUAUAAAGCGACG